CGCAUGUACAGUCAGACAGAACAUUCAUCGGCUCCAAGAUGGCGAUAACACGGCUGGCUGGCUUUCUGGUCCUCUUCUCUACACACUGCUACAUCUCCACAUUGGCGGUGGUACUGAAAACUGCAAAUAAGGCACCACGGGCCAAUGAGUUUGAAUCGGUCGAGCUGUCCUGCUUGAUACAGUCCAUCACCACACUUGAACCCAGGAUCGAGUGGAAGAAAAUAAAAAACGGUGACCCCAGUUAUGUGUAUUUUGAGAAAAAGAUUGCAGGGGAUUUGGUAAACAGAGCGAGGAUCAGAGAGCCAGCAACUUUAGUAAUAUUAAACACAACCAGAUCUGACACUGCGCAGUAUCGCUGCGAGGUCACUGCCCCUGGUGACCACAAGUCCUUCGAUGAGAUUUUGAUUGACCUCGUCGUGAGAGUGAAGCCUGUGGUGCCGCAGUGCAGCGUGCCCAAGUCGGUGACCGUUGGAAAGUCGGUCGAGCUGCGCUGCGUGGAGAACGAGGGCUUUCCUCUGCCACAGUACCAGUGGUUCCGGAACAAGGAAGAAAUCCCGGAAGACCCCAAGAGCAGCCCCAAGUUCCUCAACUCCUCGUACACCCUCAACACCAACACGGGGACGCUGAAGUUCACUGCGGUCAGGAAGGAGGACGCGGGGGAGUACUACUGCAAGGCGAAGAAUGAUGCCGGACACUCUCAGUGCGGCCCACAGAUGAUGGAAGUCUAUGAUAUCAAUAUUGCCGCAAUUGUCCUGGGAGUGCUGGUGGUACCUUUAGUACUCUUGUCUAUAACCGUGGGGAUCUGCUGUGCAUAUAAACGAGGGUACUUCACCAGCCAGAAGCAAACAGGAAACAAUUACAAAGCUCCAGCGAAAGGAGAUGGCGUGGACUAUGUCAGAACAGAGGAUGAGGGCGAUUUCCGGCACAAAUCCUCGUUUGUCAUUUGAAAAAAGGAGAGAGUAACUCCGAGUCAAAGAUGCGGUACCUCCUCGACUGAAUUUCAACACCUACAUGACAACCGACAAGCUGCCACAGCAGGGGCCUGGCGCCAAGGCACAUCUGCAAUGAAAUCACUUGAGUUUGCCAAAGGUGACAACAAUCAUCACAUAAAACACUAGUAAAUAUUAUAACAAUAUAAAAUGAAUCAUGUUUUCAUAUGAAACAGUUAACCUCUGUAAAAGGCACUUGGUAUUCCUUGUCCCUUUAAAUAUAUUUGUUCAACCUGUCUACACCAAACAAAUCUUCAUACUUGUUUUAAGGAAUUUAAUUUACAGCAAAAUGCACGUUUUUAAGUAUUUAUAAUACUCCAUGUGUGAUCUGAUCUGUCCUUGAAUGCUGUUUUUGUGACAGGAAAAAGAAUCAUUCAAAAUGUGAGGCUGGCACAUAUUUUAUUAGCUACGGUCUGAACUAUGACUUGCAUAGCAUGCAUUUCUACUGUAGACAUCUUGAUUCAAAGCUGUUGUUGACAUUUAUAUAACACCAUUUUUUGUACCAGCGAAAUUUGUCAAACUAUUUUUGAUGGAAUAUAUUUUGAAAUGCCUAUAGAUAAAGCUUUACUUUUUUAAAUAUUUGUAAAUUACUAACAUGAAAGCCAAUAUUUCUUUUGUUAUUAUUUGGUUGUGAAAAGUGUAGUUAAUAUUUUUAACCACUCAGUAUUCAAUUGUUACCACAUGUAACUGAAAAAGGACUUCUUUUUUUCUUUCAAAUUGCGAACAACAUUCAUCAGCAUAUCAAGGUAUUUAGUUUCUGACCAAUGGUCUUACACAUCUUAUUUACUGCUGGGAUUUAAAAAUGUUAAUAUUACAAAAAAGUUACAUGUUGUUUUGUAGAUAGUCUAGAGAGAAAUAGUAAAGGACUCCAGUGGCAAACUGGUAGACACUGUAAAAGCUGUUUGUGCUGCAUAUUCUUGAUUUAAGUGACCUUCUAUGCUUGCUGUUUAUCUUGUAAAUAUUGGAUAUACUGUCCAAGUUAGCUUUUAGCUUUGAAGAAAAUACUUUCAGUAUUUAGGAAAAAGUAUUACAAAUACAGGGUUUUUACAUUAGCUAACAAGAGUUGUACUGCUUGUAUAUAGAUAUGCGAAUAAAAAGCUUUUUUUCCUCAAAAAGGCUAUGUACAACAAAGAGUAAUGAAAUUGAAGUUAAACAGCCCUGGAAGAGGCAGAAUGACACUCUUUACAUAGUUUAUUAAAGUAAAGUCAAGACUUGCACUUGGUAGAGAGAGGAUAUGCCUUGGUAGGUGCGGUGUGCUCUGUGCAGGGACUUCUCAUUGUUCAAGUCAAAAAAUUGUAUUUUUCUUUUAGAAAGUUGUUUGUUGCAGAAAUAAAUUCAGUGACAUUCAGCAACAUUUAGGAAAUAAAAUUAUUUCCAUUUUUGUGAAUUAUUUGCUAGAUAAUCACUGAAGACUUUUAUAAGGAUGUUUUUCUUUUUUCUUUGGAUGGCUUUAAGAUAUACAGUUUAUUCUGAUGGGGGGGGGGUGCAGAACCAUUUUUGGGUUUUUAUAUAUUUUUUUUUAUGUACUUUCACACAUUUCAGAUGAAAGGGAAACUAUAAAAUAUUUUCUAGUAUUAGAGUAUUAAAAUUAUGGGUAUGAACACAUUUUAGAAAAUACAUUGUGGUUCUGAUUUUUCCCCCCUCAUGGUAGCUGAAUAAGAUCAUUCCUCUCAAGUGCCUUGUACUGGAUUAAGUGGGGGAAUAAAAAUGCAGAUAUAAAUGGAAAUAUGAGUUUUGUAUUGCUCUCCCUUUCUUCUUUGUAACCAUUCAGUGAUUGUUGAAUUUCUUUUCAUGUCACACAUCAAAACAUUCAUUUUGAAAUAGAUUUAAGUUUAAGACAAACACAAACUGACUGAUUGCAUUACUUUUGUGUUUUACUUUUUGUGCUUUAAAAACUAAAGGUUAGGUGUUUGAGAGGAAUGAUUUUCAGUGUGUCACUACCGAUAUUGUCAUGGUUGGUGCGCUGUAAUCAAGUGACAUGACUGAUCAGCAUUCACCUUGGAUUUUUAAAUUGUCAAUUUGGCUCAAUCUGCUUUUUCAAUCAAAAAAAAAAGCAAGUUCAUCCAUACUAGGUUUGACCAUUUAAUUACAUAUAUGACUCACUGCCAUUUCAACAUAUCUCAACUUUUAUGUAAAUAGGACUUUCACCUUUUUUGGCUUAGGCUUUUCUUUUUAAGUAGUAAUAGAUAUUUUAUUAUGUAUUAGUGCCUAAACUUAGUGGUAAAUAUUUUGGUAAAGACACAUAGCACUAGCAUACACACUAAAUCAGCCAACACACAUAGGCAUAUACUCAGUUCAGUUUUUUCACUUGACACACAAUUAAGCACCUGGCAUAUACGUUGAUGGUCACAUGAAAUACACCACGUGCCAAACUGCAGUACUACAUGAACAGCCAGCUUGAAUAAUUAUAGAGCAUCCAAGAACUGCGCAGUAUUUGGGGUGUGGCAUUUUCAGUAAUGCCUGGCUAACAGUAUUUCCUGAUUUUCCUCCAUUUGUUAGACAUUUACAGUAGAUUUGCAAUACUGAGGACUGGUGUUACAGACAGUCAGGGAUCUGGUACAAACCCUGUGAAUUCUUGAGCUGUAUGUUUGUGAUUAAUAAAACUCACUUCUAAAGCGUUUUUUUGCAUU